GUACGCGCCUAUUGCAACGAGAAUGCAGAUUUCCUCGACAUGGUUCAGCUUGGCACUACGCUGGAGGCGCUCAUGAAGCUCGCACGAAAGAUGUGGGCCGCGGACGAUCGCAUCAACAAUGCGAUGACAUUGAUUUUGAACAAGGAGCUCUACCAGCAAGGGCGUGAUCCCAUCGACGGCCCGGCUGACAUCAUUGGCACUCUGGGCCUCCGAGAAACUUUCCAGGUCAUGGCCUAUGCCGCCCUUGACUUGCCUAGGGACGAGAUGAAGCACGUUGGUGCCGUUUCGUCGAUGGCCUGGGCCCUGGCCACUGCCAAUGUGCCUUUAGCCUCCUUGCAGAUCAAGGUUGCCAAGGGCAUCUUGGCCAAUAUCGAUAAG